AUGGGAAUUGAUGAAAUUGCUAGGUUGGCUGCUGAAGAAGCAAAAAAAGAACAAAGUCGAGCCGAUGGUGCGUUUGGUGGCGGUGGUUCAGCACGACGGCAUCCACUUUCGUCAACAUCAUCCAGAGAAAAAGUUAGCACCAUUUAUUGUUGUUAUUUUCUUUUAUUUUGA